AUGGCUUCCGAUGAACAGGUCAAGACACUGAUUGCGGAAGCGAUCAAAGCCGAGACGCAGCUGGCGGGCGCAAUCUACAAUUCCGUCGUGGAAAGGAUUACAGAGCAACUCAGCACCGCGACCCUCCCAGGUGGGACCGUGCACGCAGCCGUCGAAGAGUCAGCCAAGCCCGGAGGCGCCGCCCACGCGUUGUUCACCAACGAGUACAACAGGGCGCUCACGGUCGACCCUGACAGUGUCGAGGCAGCCAGGGGGGCCAUCGAGAAGUCCGGGAACCCCGCAGCUAGCCUGCGGGGGUUGAGCGCGGCACACCCAGAGAACAAGGAGCUCGAGGCCCUAAAGACCCGCGUCGCGAUGAAGUACGCGGUUCGUACGAAAUGGAAACACUUGUGCCUCCCGGAGCGGGGCGGGCCCAGCGAGAAAUUCAGGUGCCACCUUGGAGAGCGAGCCGAAGCCGGCAAGGACCAGAACGUCCGCGCCCUCAGCCACUGCGUCUUGGUGCUCUACCAUCUAACGGAGAAGAGGUACACGUCUGCCCUCACCGGCACCCAGGCCAACGCUGCCCAAGCCGAGGCCCAGGGGACGAAGGCCAUGGAGCGGGUCUACGACGCCAGCAAGGACUUCGGCCUCGACUUGGUGUUCGGGGAGGUUGCGCUCCUGAGCGCGGCUGCCGGCCAGAGCCGCGCGAACGACCUGAAGCGACUCGGCGCCGACUCGCCGCAGUCUGCUUCGAAAGCGCGGCGCCUGGGUGACCCGUCGGGCACAGCCGCGCCCGCAGGCCACAACCAGAGCGGAGCGGCGGGGUCCGACCUCCGCGCCAGCUCCGGGGCGAGGGCUAACCGCUGGUCCAACGUUCCGGCGGCGGGCCCUCAGGCGGACCCGCCCCUGGCAGCUCCGGGGGCGCCGCCAGCCCCUGGUCGCAAGGAGCUGGCGCAACAGAUGAAAUCCAGCCCUGCCGCUGUCGCGCCGGGAAAGUCCGCGCAGUUUUUCCAGAAGUGGUUCGACGAUCGCUUCAGCUUGACACAGGCCGCCCUCCAAGCCAGCCGGGAGGCGUGCAAAAACUGGCUCUACAGCGGCAGAGGCGCUUUGGAGCGCACUUUUAAAGAGUGCCACGACACUUUCAAGAACAAGUGCGCCCUCCCGUGCCCGCGGUGUGUAGCCGCGGGCAGGCUGACGGGGAACGUGCACCAUUGGGCGCAGGAUUGCAAGUUUAGCUGA